GGCUUUAUGAUUGUGUUUGUUCUUGUUAGAUAUUAAAAUUAGGUUUACAUACAUACCAGUUUAUGUAGUGUUGGAUGAAUUUAGCUAUGUGGUUUUGAUUUUUUUUGUUACUUAGCGUUUUGCGUGAGUUGUUCUGUGACGUGUAGGGCUGGCAAAUCGUGUCUUAGCUGGUUUAACAGACGCGAACAACAAAAAUUUUAAACAUGAAUACGACUCAAAGAUUGUUUGGGUAUGGGACAUGUUGCUCCUUCAAUACCUUCUACUUCAAGCAAAAAAAUUGAGAUCCCAAAUGGCAAAGUUGGCAUCAUUAUUGGUGAUGGUCGGGAAAAUAUUAGUUAUAUUCAACGGCAAUCUGGGGCAAAGAUCCAUAUCACUGGGGAAAUGGAUGCAGACUUCAAUUCACUUACAGGAGACGUUGAGAUCAUAGGUACUGCAGAUUCUAUAGCAAAAGCUGAGCUGUUGAUUAAGGAUGUUCUUGCUGCUGAGGCCGAGUCUAGGGAGUUCAACACAGUUUCCCAAGCUACAUCGAAUGCUCGUUCGCAGAAAAAUCUUAAUGACUUAGACAUGGAGGACAAAAGCGAACCGGAACCACUAGUCCGUCCAACGGUUAGAGAUAAACGCAAAGCGCUACACAAUAAAUCCCGACCAUCAUCCUCGAAAAGUACUACAUCUAACUCCAAUUCCGAGGUGAUUGCCAUUGUCGCUAGUUUGGAAGCAAAAAUUGACCGGCUAAUCCAGUUUAGCGAAGAUGAGCGCAUCGCGAGCGACCUUGCUUUCCUCCAAAAAGACUACUCGGGUUUACCGGAGGAGGAUCAAGUAUUUUUCGUGCAAAGGAAACAACAAAUUCGCAAACGUCUACGCGAAACAAGUUUCGAUUAGUUUUAUUUUAUAAAAAUGCUUAGAUUCAUGAUUUCCUCUUCAAUUUGGAUUAAAUCUCAGAUCUUAUUAUUAUACAAUAAACGUAUCUAAGCAUUUUUUGAUAAACAUAUACUGUUUUUAA